CUAGAGUCCCAGUGGUGGCGUGCUUUACACCACGGCAUCCAACGACUUUGCAUUGAUUCUCGUGGUGAUGGAAGCUUGGAUGCAGCUGCUCGGCCAUGGAAACCCAUUCCAUGAAGCUCUCUCUCUGUUGGGCUCAUCUGAAGGCCACACCAAUUGUGAAGACAUUUGGUGACUUCUGCGCACUGUGCGCUUCAGCAUGCGCUGACCCCGCCCUGUCAUGUGACGUGGCCUACCACUUGGUGGCUGAGUUGCUGUUCCAGUUGCUUCCACUUUGUUAUAAUCCCACUAACAGUUGAGCGUGGAAUAUUUAGUAGCCAGGAAAUGUCACGGAUGGAUUUAUU